UCAAUUAUUAGUGAACAAAAGGGGAAGAAAGAGUAGUUCCCUCCAUCCAUCGCCACCCUAAUUCAAUCCUUCUCUCUGUUUGCUAACACCCGAUUCGGUUUCCGAUCGGAUCAAAUUCACUCUCCCUUUGUAUCUGUUGCUACACGAAUUUUAGUUCUUGAAUUUAAUAGAAGAAAAUGGUGUCGGCAAAUAGGGAGAUGGUGGUGUACUGCUUCGACACACUGGUGGCGCACUACAACAACGAGGAGCCUCCUCUUCCUGCCUUCGAUGAGGGCCAACAUCCACUGUUCGUGACCUGGAAAAAAGUGAUCAAUGGUGGGGAACCUCGUUUACGUGGAUGCAUAGGGACUUUGGAAGCUCGCGGCAUAGUUAAUGGUUUCAAGGACUAUGCUUUAACAAGUGCCCUCAGGGAUCGACGAUUUCCCCCAAUACAAGCUAAAGAACUACCUUCCUUAGAAUGUACAGUUUCCAUUUUGACAAAUUAUGAAACUGCUCGUGACUACCUCGACUGGGAGGUUGGGAAGCAUGGAAUAAUUAUUGAAUUUACUGAUCCUGACUACAAUACAAGGCGAAGUGCCACCUACUUACCUGAGGUUGCUGCUCAUGAAGGGUGGACAAUUGUUGAAGCAAUUGAUUCAUUGAUUAGAAAAGCGGGUUACAGAGGCACCAUCACUGAACAACUGCGAAAGAGCAUCCAGCUUACCCGUUACCAAAGCACACUAUUUACCAUGCCGUACAGCGAAUAUGUUGCCUAUGCGAAGACAACUAGAGGUGUUGCUCCGACUAUUAAUGGGGCGAAACCAUGAUAGGUUCUGAACAUUGUGCUUGCGAGGCUAGCCAUUGCUGAGUCUGAGUGUUUGUCUUUGAUCUCAAAUUCAUGAAUUGAGAGAGGCCUUUGUAGAAAUAGAGAGUGUGGUCGCCCCUCAUCCGCUACGUGGCCCAUUUUUGUGGUUCCUU